AUGACUGGACUUUUGCUCAAGACUUCACAAAGUUCACCUGGCGGAAUUGACGCGCAGAUAGCCACCACUACCCUCCGUACCAGGCGUGAUGAUGAAUUGACUAGUCACCACACCUACGUAACUCGGGAGAACCUGCGUGACUCGCCUCACGGGCCAGAGCCUGUGAUACUGAUGACCUGGGUAGUAGCCAGCUACUUCGCCCUUGGCCUGAACAAACAACGGAUUCAGGUGUGGUGCUGGAUUGGCUAG